AUGAUUGAACAUAACUGGCCACUUCAAAUUAAGGUCAAGUCUCGGGACGUUCAGGACCAGCUCUCCUUGUAGGAAGAACUCAAAAGGCUCCAGCACACCUUGGAACAAGUCAACGAUGGCAAGGACUUGCUUCAAAGCCAUCAGCUUACCAUGGAUGAAGAAAAUAACAUUGAAAAAUAUCAUAUCGACUUACAGCCCUUGGAAUCAAAAGUGAAAAUUAUCCAGCGAGCAUGGCGUGAGUACCUGCAGCGCCAGGACCUGCCGCACCACGAGCAGCUGGAGAAGCGCAGCCCCUCCCCGCCGUCCCUCUCCUCGGACAAGAUGAGCAGGUCCAUCAGCAUGAACACCUUUUCUGACAGCAGCACGCCGGAGUUCCCUGCUGCUGAAAUGUCAUUUCGCUCUUCAGAUAACAGGAGAGAAAUUUCAGCUCUUCCAACCUUGAGUCAAGCAGCAGGAGCCGAGAGAAGCAUUAGCCUCCUGGCGACCGGCUAAUUGUUCCAUCCGACUUUCAAUUAAUAAGUGUUGUCCGGGGGAGAGAGUGGACCGGAGGGGAGCGCGGGGCUCGGCCGCUGCGGCGAAGCUUCAGGCACCCGGUGCUCCGGCUGGGCUCUGUGCAGAAGGGAUGAGGAUCCUCCAGGAAAUUUAAUUCAUUUCCAGAUUCCAGGACAGGUCUGAGAUCACCACAGAGAGCAUCACGGGGCAAAGCUCCGGGGCUAGAUCCUGGUGGGAGCUGGGGGGAUGCACCCACCAAGGCAGCACCGCGGGGAGCAGAGCCCAGCCCGGCCACCUUCAUCAAGAAUACCACCCUUUGCCAUCAGCGUUACUUCAAAAGGAUGAAAAGAAGCUCUUCUAUCGAGUUCACAGCAUGGUUACCUUCCUCGGGUUUUUUUCUCAUGAUGCUGGAAGCCUACCCUGCCUUCCAUCACCAGACAGGCUCGCAAGCUGGGAAAUAUUGCCAAAAGUGUGAGCUCCAAACAUGGUUUGCACUGCUUUAGCUAGAACCAGCCGGCGCUAUCCCUGUUCCCGGAGCUGCUCAAGUGGUAUUUCCCACCAGGAAGGGCGUGCAUUAGGAUGGAGUCAUAUUUUUUUUUUUUAUUUAGUAAAUCAGCUGAAUGCUAAUUAACAUAGCCACGAUUGGGUUAUUUUGAAAGCGGCGAGUCGUGUAGCAGAAAAAAAAAAAAAAAAGUCCAAAAGGAUAAAAAGUCAUGACAUAUUAAUGACUGAAAAUGUGCGCUGGAGCUGGCAGAACAGAGAGCAUUAUGAAUAAUUCAAAUGAGACAGGAUUUCCCUUGCAAGGUCGAGGCAUGUAAAAGGGAAGGCUUUUGGAAAGAGCAGCAUCGUAUUCUCCCGGCGUUACGGAGAGAUCUCCAUCCAUCCGGGGGGUUAAGACGAGUUCAAGCACCGUCUAGUCGUUCGGAGAGGAGAUUAUAUUGGAAGCGAUUGGCACCACAGCUCCUUCGGUGGGACAUGACAGCUGCUGGGAAGAGUUAAGCCGGAAUCUUUGAUGCCAAAUGAAUUAAAAGUCUAUUUUUGAACUCAACUGGCGAGUCCCGGAGGAAUGGCCACCGGCAGGCAGGCGAAGGAGGGAGCGGAGCUGUAGGCAGGCGGUGUGGGGCUCUGCCUGGCCCGACAAGUGCUGGGAUCUCUCACAAAAUGGCUUGAAAGAGGAGCCCGGAGUGGAAGAUGAAUCCUUGAUGAUUACACCGAAUUCCAGAGGCCUUUUGACAGAUAAGGAGGAUCCCUAAUGACCUUGCUUUUUUGUUUUACUGGCCCUUCUGUGCCUGCCAGACAGGGACUGGCCCUGGGGAAUGCCCUGGCAGGAUGGAGGGCAGAAGGAAAGAGGAAUUCACAACCUCACCAGUGUCCAUCAGCCCCACCAAUGUGUCCUUGUUGGAAAAAUAUGGGAUAGAAGACAUAUUCCUUGCUUGGCUGGGAGGAGGAGGGACUUUUCUAAGGCACAUCUGCAUCGACCCAUCUCAGCUUCCCAGUCCCCGAGGUGCCCCGUGUCACCCCCAGGGACAGCGGGGAGGGUUGGGUGUGUUGGGUGCUGUCAUGGUGGAGGCGAUGGUGGUGGCCAGGGCGGGGUGGAGGAGGUGGACAUCCACACCAGGAGGCGUUCAAGGAGAAGGGAUAAGCAGAACUCUUCGUCGGGAGAUAACCAUUACCCGAGCAGUCCUUGGGGAACGCCAGCACCAGGCUGGUAAUAACUUAAUUGCAACCCAUUUCCUCCUUGAAGGGUAUUUUUUUGGUAAUUGCCUUUAGCGCACCUUUGUUAAAGCAAUGAGGCAGUAUUCCCUUCCUACUGA